AUGGUGAGGUUAAAAUUUACACCAUAUGUUAGAAAUUGGAUAUGUUUCCAUUUUAUGGGAAACAUCAAUAACUUCUCUUACUGUGUAGUUAAUGCUGCUGGUCAAUCAUUGGCUGCUUAUUUCGAUAACUCAAAGAAUAUAGCUCUAGUUUUAUGGGCCAAUAUUGCCUUUGGUUUUGCUGCUAGAUUAUUAAACACUUUUGCAUUAGAAAAAGUUGGAUCAAAAUUAAAGAUUGCUAUUAAUUGCUUUAUUAUGGGUGGUGGAUUGGUUGGUGUUGCGUUAUCAUACUAUGUAAACUUUGCUUUUUGUAUUUCAAUGAUUGCAUUGAUUGGUAUUGCCAGUUCGUUUGGUGAGAGCGUUGUUUUAUCAUACCUCAAACUUUUCCCAUCUGAUAUUGUCAAUGGUUGGUCAUCUGGAACUGGUGUUGCAGGUGUCUCUGGAUCAUUGUUUUAUAUUGGAUUGGUAGCUGCUGGUUUAUCAAACUCUGUAAUCUUUUAUUGUAUUUUACCAACUGUUUUGGUAUACUUUGCAUUAUUCUUUUUCGGUUUAAAAGUUCCAACUGGAACCAAUGAAGCCAAUCCAUACACUCCAUUAAAGAGCGAAACAGAAGAUAUUGUCAAUCAAAAGAAACAGGAAAAGGAAACAUUAAUAGAGAAUGCUGAUGGAAUAGAUCAAAUCGUCGAACCAAUGCGUGGACCAAGCGGUGAAACCAAGCGUAACCGUUAUAUCAGAUGUGCCAAGUUGGUUUGGUGGAAUGCUAUCAAUCUCAUGCUCGUCUACUUUUUCGAAUACGUUGCUAGUGUUGGUGGUGCUGAUCUUGCAGUCAACAAAAAGAACUCUAAUGACUGGUUUGUCACCAACUCUUAUGCCAUUCUCAGUUUCUGUUAUCAAUUUGGUGUUUUGAUUUCUCGUUCAUCUUUACAACUUUUCAAAAUUCAUAGAAUCGGUAUCCUUACCGUUCUUCAAGGUAUUAAUAUGGUACUUUGGAUUGUUCAAGCUUAUUAUCGUAUGAUUGAAUCUGUUUGGGUAUUAUUUGCACUCAUGAUUUAUUGUGGUUUGCUUGGUGGUGCCUCCUAUGUAAAUGUAUUUUAUUUAAUUUUACACGACAAGAAGAUUCCAGAUGAAGAUAGAGAAGUUUGUAUCAACUAUGCUGCCUUGUUGGUUACUGUUGGUAUUACUCUUGCCAGUUGUUUUAUUCUCAUUAUGGAUCAUACUUUUCUUGCUUUCCAAGUUGCUGCUAAUCAAGCAAAAUAA